UUCAUUAGAGUCAUUUCGAUCUGCUGUUUAUUUCAUAAAGCUCUUGGACAAUUUGUUUAUUGGUUGCAGAAGAAAGCUAAAUACCGUUGGAAUAUGUGUAUACACUUUGAAAACAUGUUUGCAUAUAGAAACUGUUGUCAAUAAAUGUUUGGAGCUAUAUUAUGGCCAACAAACUGCAAUAGUGUUUUAAAGUAACAGAAUUGUGCUUAUUGGAUAACAGCGUUAACGGACAAUCAAAACAAUAAACACGUCAGCUGAAAGAAUUUCGACUAUGGACAUCGAUCCAGCUUCAUUGGACAUGGAGUUCAUGUCCAAUACCAUGGACAUGUGGAAAGAGGAGGAGGAUGCUUUGAGUAUCAUCAAAGAAAUGAUACCCUCUGAUAUGCUGAACACGUUUCUAAAUGAAAUGGACUUAGAUUUGGAUAUGAACAAUUCAACGCCGUUACUCGAUUGCGCCUUGGACAUGCAACAGCUACCCCAGCAAUCGCCACCACUGCAGCAACAGCAACAACAACCACCACCACAACAACAGCAACAUGUGAAAAUCGAGCACGCUUCUCCGGUACACAUCAAGGAGGAGUUAGUCUCGCAGCAGAGCAAUCUAUUCGACCCGCCCUUGUAUAAAACGGAUCCGCUCAUUGCUUCAAACUCAAACUUUAACUCGCAGGUAUUGCCCCAGCUGCUGAAGCCACAGCCUACGACGACCAUUCAUCAUAUGGACAGCAACCAGCGUUUACCGCUGGCUUCGCCCGCUCCAACCAUCUUGUAUACGACCGCUAGCAACAAUGAUUUUGUCUAUCAGCUACCGGAAAGCUCAUCGCCGGCACCAACCUCACCAGUAGCGUCACCAUCGACGUCUACUUCGGCAAAGGCUUCGCAUUAUGCCAAUAAGAAAAUGCCGCCCAUGCUACCGACUGUUAAGCAAAAUUUUCUACUACAGGCGCCUUCUGUGAGUCCGGCCACAACGCUUAUGUACACCGGGAGCAAUGCAACCAUACUGACAGCUGCACCAAUGCCCGUGCUGCUCGAGACCAUUGCACCGGCUGCCAGUCCGAAAACGACAUCAAAGACAUCGACUGUAGAGCUGGCUCCAGCACCAGCAGCCGCAUCGGUCCCAUCCGUAACGCCAGCACCUGCUGCUAAGGUCGCCAUUCAGCGCGUGCAGCCAAAGGUGAAGGAGGUGAAACGCUCGGCCCACAACGCAAUUGAGCGACGUUAUCGCACCUCAAUAAACGACAAGAUUAUCGAGCUGAAAAAUCUCGUUGUCGGUGAUGCGGCCAAGCUUAACAAAUCGGCUGUGCUGCGCAGGUCUAUUGAAAAGAUACGCGACUUACAGAAACAGAACUAUGACCUCAAAUCUGAGUUGCAGCGCCUGCAACGUGAGAUAAUGGCACGUGACGGCUCAAAGGUUAAGGAUCUACUACAGCUGGGCAACAGCAACAGCAGCAGCAGCACAAUUGUGAACUCCACAACAUCGAAGAAACGUCGCCAACAAUCCACAUGCGAUACGGAUGCCGGUUUGACUCCGCCAAGGAGCGAUAUAUCCGAUCCGUCGUCAUCGCCGCUGCAUUCGGAUAUUUCGUUGCCGCCAUCACCAUACGGUGGCUCCACAGGCAGUUGUAGCAGCAAGGAUGAGGUGAUGGUGGUGCCAAGCUCUAUGCGAGGCAUGGCCAAUCAUUCCCGGCUGGCGCUUUGCAUGUUUAUGUUUGCCGUCUUGGCAGUUAAUCCCUUUAAAAAGCUCUUGCAACACAGUCAAUUUGGGUUGGACUCCAAUGAUUUUGACGACAACGAUCUAGGUGGCGAGGUGAGCCGUCAAAGGCGCAGCAUUUUGGCUUACGAUGAUAACACGGACUACAUUGGCUGGCAUCACAGCUCUUGGUUAUGGCUUUUGAAUCUGGUCUUUAUGCUUGGCUGUUUGGUGAAGGUCUUGGUGUAUGGUGAUCCCCAGCUGGAUGUGCAAACGGAUGCCUACUAUCAGCACAAGAAACGGGCCGAAACUCACUUUGCACAGGGCCAGCAUGCGCAGGCCUAUGCCGCUUAUCUGAACUGUCUGCACAUGUAUGGAUUAAGUUUGCCGACGUCCCGCCUAGAAUGCCACCUGAAUACCUUUUGGCAGUUUCUACGCUUUUUAUUCCAUCGACUCUGGUUGGGUCGGGUGCUCUCUCGUCGUGCUGGAGGACUCUUUUGCAAUGCAGCGACACGCAAGCGUGCUUUGUCCUCGGCACGGGAACUGGCUUUGCUUUACAACCGCUUAAACCAACUAAAUUUGACGGGUGAUCGUAGCAACGAUCGUAAUGGAGUUAUGCUGGCUCUCUGCGCUAGCAACAUGGCGGAGGUGGCACACAAUUUGCUAACCCCACGCGAGACCAUUUGCAUUCAUGUAAUGACAGCCCUGCGGAUGAAGCGAAGUGCACCCAAGUGGUUCCAACAGCUCUUCGCCCGCUACUACAUGAGUCGAGCACGCCAGGAAUGUGGACGCACUCGUGCCGCCGAGCAAACCCAAGAGCUUCGCUGGGCAUUUACCACCUAUGGAUAUGGCUAUUGUAGCGCGCAUGUUUUCAAUUACGAACUCAGCGCUGGCGAACAGGAUGGCUUCUUCACACGCUUGCGCAAUCCCUGCGAUCCAGCUGCAUAUGCCAUUAAGCAAUAUCGCGAGCAUUUGCUGUACAAGGCAAUUCAGUGCUUGGUGGGCGCCGGGUCACAUAGACAAAACAAAGCAACGCCUAAUAAUAACAACAACAACACUGGCAGCGAGGCAGAGCAAUUGCAGCAGCAACAUAGCGGUACCAUCGUAAGCAAUGUGCUGAAGUACACCUCCCUGUUGCGGGAUACUUUAUGGGCCGACGAGGAUGAGCGCGACACCAAUGUUGUCUGGUGGGCCAAUGUCCUCGAAAUUGCUGUGCACUGGCUGUUAGGAGAGGACACGCUGGCGGAAAAGUUGUACGAUAGCAUAAAGCAGUUGCCAACGGAACUGCAGCACUGUAGCGACAAUGAUCAGCUGCCGAAAGCACUGCAUGCAGUGCUACGCGCCAAGAUGAUAUUGCUCAUGAACAAUGGCAACACUUUGGAUAAACGCCUUAAGCAUUCGAUCAACCGCCUUUGCGAUGAGUCUAGUGCCCAACUACAAGAAUGCCUUACGGUCAAUCGCAUCACCAAUGCAAAGGGCAUUAAAUUGCUGUUCCAGUUGCUGACCUGCGAUUGGUUGCUAGAGACACGCACGGCCUUGUGGGAGCUGGAACACAUGGGCAUCGAUGACGAUGGCUUCUAUCAGGUACCUGGAGACGUGCUCGAAAAGUUCCAAACAGAUUUGAAUUCACUGCGCAGCAUUGUUGAAAAUAUACCGAACGCUCAGUCGCGUAUUUACUUGUAUGAGGCAGUUUGCCGCCUAAUGGCCGGCGCCUCACCAUGCCCCACACAGCAGCUACUAGACAGAAGUCUGCGUUCGCGCAAUGCCCAAUCCUCCAUCUUUUGCGGCAGCAAAGAUCGACGACAUCAGAACUUUGAGGGCGGCGAACGGGAGCGAGCAGCAGCCAUGUAUGUGGCCUGCAAGUAUUUGCCACCUGCACUGUUAAGUUCGCCGGGCGAGCGUGCUGGUCUAUUAGCCGAGGCAGCUAAAACGCUAGAGAAAGUGGGCGACAAGCGCAAGCUAAAGGAAUGCUAUCAACUUAUGAAGUCACUGGGCAACGGCGGAGUAACCGUUAAGGCUUAAGCUACAUGAA